UAUCAAAAGUUGACAGCCAGGCAGAAAAUAAUCCGCUUUGGUAUGUGGCACUAAAUCGCAGAGUUGAAACCACCUAUUCGCAUUGUUCUAUCCCCACCUGGGGAUAUGGCGUCACUCGAGUGAUUUUGAUUUAAUCGUGGUGGCGACACCAAAUCAGUAGUUGGCACAUCGCGAGCUGAACUGCCACGACCAAAGCUGUAUAUCUGCAAUGUCCGCUUCGGAAUCGGCAAGGAUGGGCCUGGGUAGCAAUGCGGCCAGUAUGGCCAAUCUGGCCAAGAUCGUCAAUCUAAUCGAAUCGAAUGUGCGGGCGGAAGAGGAGGCGCAGGCGGAGGCAGAGGCGGGGGCAGAGGCGGAGGCAGAGGCGGAGGAGGCGGUAUCGAAGCGAUCCACCAGAUCCGGAACCGGAACCGGAACCAGAUCCGGAACUGGAAGUGUUAGUAGUGUUCGCCUGGCCAGCAGCAGUGCGCCGCGUAGAAGCGCCUGUGCCACAACGUAUGUGCCCAAAUCGCCGCAAUUGGAGGAAAUCAUGAUCGCGAAGCCCACCUGCAGCGAACGAUUUGCGCGCUACUUCGUCAUCGUGAUCUACAUGUGCGGACUCUGCGGCCUGGGAUUCAUCCUGUCCAUCUACCACAUCUUCUUCUGGGACUCACGCAUGCCGCCCGUUUACAAGGGCCAAAAGAAGGGGCCUGUCUUCGGCUAAAGGCCGCAAUUAAUCCACCAAUAUAAUCCUAGCUAAGAGAACCGUAUUUUCAUUUUUGAUAAAAUUGUGAUACCCGAAAAAAUAGCCAUUCGCCUACUAAACUCAUCGGAAGUGACCGCGGAGCAGUUCUACAAGCACAUCCUCGAGCAGUACCGCAUCCUCAGCCACAUGCAACAGCAACGCCAGCAGAUC